AUGGUUGUUCACGACAAAUCCAACUCCGUCAACAGCAGCAGAACCAUGGACGGAAGCCAGAACAAAGUGGAGGCCAAUAUUUUGCUACUUGGAGCAGAAAACGUCGGAAAGUCUGCGCUCACUGUACGAUUUCUCACCAGAAGAUUUAUCGGCGAGUACGGUGAUAUAGAGUCCAUAUACAGUCAUACUGAUAGGAUUGACGGACGGGAAAUCUCGUUCAAUAUCUGGGACUCGCUACACCCACAGAACUAUGAGCUGGAGGGAUACAUCAGUGAAAAGCAGCUUCAAUGGGCGGACGGGUUUAUCCUGGUGUAUAGCAUCUGCGACCGCGCCAGCUUCAACGUGGUGCGUCAACAGGUGCAGCGCAUCAGGCUAUACAAGCACAAGCUCCCUGCAGCUACGCCGAUAAUCAUCGUUGGCAACAAGCGCGACCUCAAGCACCGCCGCACAGUCUCCAGCGAGGAGGGCAGGCUUCUUGCCCUGUCGUCGGAUUGUGGGUUCUUUGAGACCUCAGCUGCCGAAACGUACCACGGCGUGCUUUUGGUGUUUCAUGAAUUACUUGAUCUAAUCCGGGAGGCAAGGGCUUUGAAAAAAGGAACCGCCGGGUUCAAGGGCAUCGUUAGGAGCAUGUCGGCGGUUUUUGGCAGAAGACGAACCGAGUAG